AUGGUGCAGCAGGAGAUAUAUGUCAUGUCAUGCAGAGCGUACACUCGUAGUGUUGUUUGCCCAGAACGAAGUGUCAUGGUCCGACUCUUUUUCCCGUGGCUCAUGAUCAUUACGUCUGUUGCUGAAGCUCAUUCGAACUUUUCCCCUUUCAGCCUUUUCAGUGUUUACGCUCCAGUAGAUUACUCCGCUUCUCUUUUUUUUUGGAAGGGAUACAGAGCUGAAAACGGAAUGACUGAUGAUUUUCGAACAGAUCGUUUUCUUUCUUCAAAAAAUGUCGUUUGAAUCGCAAAUUUCAAGCUUCUGAAAAAGUAGAGAGUAGAGGUAUCAUUUUUUCAAUGACAAAAAAGUUCAGAGGCAGAAUCCACGCUUCGAACUUAUGAUCCGACCUUUUUUCUUGAGAAACUUACAGUUUGCAGAAAAAAAAACACUAUUAUAUUCAAUGUUUUUGAACUUGAUUCCUCCGAAAAAGAACUUCAAGCGGAAAUGACGUAGCUUUUUCUGUUGUAAAAUUCCUGAACAAGUUUGAGUGCAAAGAACUUUCGAGUUGUAUGAAAUGUAUCCGGGAGCUGUCCGUCGAGUGUUGUGCCGCCUCAAGUGCUUCUUCGUCUCGCAUGCCUGAUGAUACCUGCGUCCGGAUAUCCUGGACGCCUAGGACUCUUCCCUAUUUAUUGACUUUAGGCUAUUUCCGUCGUUCCUAAUUUCUGAUACUUUCUUCAUCACUCGCUUCCGCUUUUUUCUUUUUACAAGGCUUUGGAGAGAUGUUUUAAUUUCGUCUCUCAAUAUGCUGCAAACUAAACUUUUUUUUGAUCAUAUACCCGUUCAAAAUUUUUUUUUGGCGUUUUUCCGACUCAGAAUUUUUCGAUUGUUUGAACCCAGAGGAGUUUCUAGUAUGAAAAAAGCUGGAAACAACAUAUUUGGUUGCUCUGUAUCAAUCCGUUUCACAAUGUUUAUUUUUUCGUUUUAAGAUAUCAGGGUUCUUUCAUUUUCUGAAAAUUUUUUAUCUUUUUUUCAUUAGGCUUCCUACUGUUUUAGCUUUUUUGUUGUCGUUAAAAGGGGAGUUAUAAAUUCAGCCCUACAAUUUUUUCCAUUUCAUUGAAUAAUAAACUUAACUUCAUAACUUCAAUUUCCCAUCGCUUGCUCUUUGAGUUCGAAAAUUCCUUUUUUCUUGAAUAAAAAUAGAUUCCGGAAAUUUAAGUGCCAAAUAAAGUAGAUAUGAACUGCAUCGAUUCUAGCUAUCUUCCAAAUUUAGAUCUUCCCUCAAUAUCCUCACUUAAAAGCAACUUUGUAUACAUUAGGGAGAGAGUAAUCGCCAGAAAUCGAUAGCUCGCGAGAAAAAGUUUACGUUUUUGCCUCGAACCAAGCGCUUCUUGUGCAUCUUGGACACUGGAAACCCGAUAUGCGGCGAUCUACUGACUCCUGGCGGCUUCUUUUUCUUCUCCGCGUUCUUUUCCAGAACUUGGACGAUUUCUUCCUUCGCUCUUCGUUUAUUCUUUCAUUCUCAACUUGUCAGAAUGUGUCGGUUUUUCAGAAGCGGAAUGCGGUGGAAGUCUGUAGUUGUGCUUUGUUCCUUCCUGCAACUGGUGGCGGCUGCCAAACGCUGCGAGCCGAUAACCGUUCCUCUUUGCAAAGGCAUCGGCUACAACAUGACCUCUUUCCCGAACAGCUACGGCCACGAGAAACAGGAAGAGGCUGGCCUCGAAGUUCAUCAGUUUUUCCCCCUCGUUGAGGUAACCUUUUUUUCUGGGGUUCCAUGGCCAAACCGAUAUCUUCUUUAGGUUGGAUGCUACCAGCAUCUCAAGUUCUUCUUGUGCACACUGUACACGCCCAUCUGCCAGGACAACUACGACCGCGCCAUUUUGCCCUGUCAGGAGCUCUGUUUAGAAGCUCGGAAACGAUGCAGUCCCAUCAUGCAAAAGUUUGUCUCAUUAUCGGUCUUCAGUUCUCAAUAAGCAGAAUGCAACGAUUGCAAAAGAACAGGCGAAAAAAAUGAAAUGGAAUAUCCAUAUUUUGGAAAUUUGCUUUUUCUUUCUGAUUGAUCGUAAUUUAGAUAUGGAUUCCGGUGGCCGGAAACUCUUUCUUGCGACGCUCUGCCCAAAAUGUCGGACCAAAUGACGUCAGGAAACAUUUGCGCGGCUCCUCCAGACACGCCGAAGCAGUUGAAGCCGAAGGAGCCUGAGCCACCACUCUUCGUGCCUCAAAACCGUCCUGAGGUCGGCAUCUCCGUCGAACGGACCGACUGCCAAUGCACAUGCAACCUUCCCUUCCAGUACAUCGACAAUGAUCGCUCCAAGGUACAAAGUUCGACGGAAGAAGAGCUGUUAACUGUGGAAUUCAGGUCAUGAACGUGUCAAACUGCGCCUAUCCCUGUCAUUCUCCAGCCUAUGAGAUGAACAAGGGUCUCAUCAACAACUGGAUGGCCUUUUGGUGAGUCUUUCAAUAAGAACUUCUGGUUUCGAACUCGGUUUUCAGGUCUAUCACAUGCUGCGUACUUUCCGCGUUCACCUUCCUCACGUUCAUCAUUGAAACUGACCGGUUCCAGUACCCAGAAAGACCGAUAUUCAUGCUGGCCUUCUGCCAGUUCAUGGUUUCGAUUGGUUUCAUCAUUCGCUUUUCUGCCGGUCACGAUGAGGUCCGUCUUUGCCUUCUCUUCAGCUAAAAGAAAAAAUGAACAUCUAAAAGGAUGUUUCCAGGUGGCUUGCGAAGCGUUCAAGAUCAAAGGCAGCGAUGACAACUCGGGAAGCCUCUGUUUCGGCGUCUUCCUCCUCACCUACUUCUUCGGAAUGGCGGCUUCGGUCUGGUGGGUGAUCCUGUCGCUGACGUGGGUCCUGGCGGCGGCUUCCAAAUGGAGCACCGAGGCAAUCGCCGCCUACUCCUUCCACUUCCACGUCGUCGGCUGGCUCGUCCCAGCUGUCCAGACUGUUCUCGUCUUGGUAAUUCGAAGAAAUUCUGAAUGUUUCAUGAGAAUUCGUGUAUGUUCCAGAUUUUCAACGCGAUUGACGGCGAUCCUAUUACUGGAAUCUGCUACGUCGGCAACACUGACGUCAACUUCCUUCGUCUGUUUGUUCUCGGUAAGUUUUUAGAAGACUGGUUUAUUUCUGUCAAACAUAGAAGAAAGUCAGAAUGAUUAUCCAAUUGUAGUUUGGUGCUAUAUCUUUUUGGAACUAGAGAACUACGAAGAAAAAUAAUAACACGACAACGACCGCAUAAAAUAUUUCGAACUAUCACCGUUUUUUUUUCGAAAAACCUCAAGUUGAUCGUAUUGUUCGGCUUGAGCAUGCGGCAAACUUAACUAACUUUUUCUAAUACUAUGGAUUUUUUUGUCUUUUUGCAGCGUAAAUUGUGUAAAGAAGUGUUUUUUAUUAGAUAGAGGGUCUGAUAAAAAACUGAACUGAAAUCUCAAAAUAACCUUUUCAGGCCCACUCGUCGUUUACUUCAGCUUGGGAGUUCUUUUCUUGGCGGUUGGCUUCUUCAACCUGUGGACAAUUCGCAAUGAGGUCUUUUUUUAUCCUAGCAUCAUGUUAAAUCUUGCAUAUCUCACUUUCCGAUGAAUGCAAAAAUGUUUGUCUCACAGAGCAUUUCACAAAAAUAAAACCUCAAAUUCGAAAAGAACUUUUAUGGAUGUCAAUAACUCGUUUCAGGUCCAAAAACAGCACCCAGGACUCGACAACGCCUCGAAACUGACGCAACUCAUGUCGAAGAUCGGCAUUUUCUCGGUUCUGUACACGUUGCCGUCGUUCAUCAUCAUCUUGGUGCUGUUUUACGAGCAGAAACAUCGGCCCUUGUGGGAAGAAGCUCGUCUUUGCUCCUGUGCCGCUGACAAUCUCCGUAUUGGUCAGUUUCACUUUUUAAUACAGAAAUUGAAAGCCUCUUUGGAGCUCCUUUCAUGGAACUGAAUAGCUAUUUCGGACUUUUUCAGGGGACUCUUCACUUUUUGUGGCUCUGAUGAAGACGGCGUGUAUGUGCGUCGUCGGAUGGACCAGUGGAUUCUGGGUCUGCAGCACGAAAACGCUCUCUUCCUGGAGGAACGCUUUGUGCUGCUUGGGUGAGCUUUUAUUUUUUCUAGAAAACAUUUUAAAAAACAAGAAUCUUUUUGCGUGAAAAUGCAAUGCUUUUUUCACAUUUUCAAAGCGAACUGUUUUAUUCUCUCUAAACUUUAGAGUCUAAAGAAAUGAAAGUUUGGCUCAAACCAAAAAAACGAAUAAAAAUUCUUUUUAUGUUUCCAAAAAAAGGAGAAAAACACGUUUUUUUCACUUGCUUUUUUUCGGCGCAAUCAUUUCCUGUUCAAUUUCUGAAUUCAAUAGCGAGUCAUUGAUGAAAUAUUAUGAAUGUAGUUUGAUUCCAUAUCAACUCUAGUAUUUUCAGGCCAAUCGCACUCGGGGGCCAAAUAUCAGCCGGCGGAUUUGCUCUACGCCAAGAGCGACAUGUCCUCGCCUCAUUUUUUCAAUACGCAUCUUCGUCAGAAUCAUAUUUAUGGUGGAAUACCCGAUAAUUUAUAAUCAAUAUCUCUUUUUCUUUUAGGUUAUUUAUGAUUUUCCCGUCAAUGUCAGACUGUUUUUCUUUCAAACGAACAAUAUGGGUCUCAUGAGCUUUUCCCGUCUUUUUCCUUAUGUUUCCAGUUUCAUGGAACGGUUGUUAUCAAAUCAGGCGCCUCUAUUUCUUCUCACUUUUUCCCAUUUUCCCGUGAAGUUGUACAUUUCCUUAUUGAUCUCAUUCCUUUGAAAAUCUUUUAUUGAUUCCUCAAGAAGAAACGCCUUAUUGCGAGGUGCUCUUUAUAACUUGCACAUUUUUGGCCUUGAUGAGCUUGACUGAUAAUUCAACAUUGCUGUAAAUCUCCCAUUUGUUUCUUUCUGUAAAAUAUGUUGCUCUUUGUCUUUCCAAAAAUAAAACUAUCAAAUCGAAAGUCUUUUUUUUCACAAAAAAUGCCUCUCUUCACGAGAAUAAUAUUAUUUCAAGUUUAUCAAGUUUGAGAUUCAAUUGACUGACUUUCUUUUUGAACUGAAUGUUGCAACAAAAUCUGUAGGUGUUAAAUUCGGUCUAAACUUCAGAAACGCGAGAAACUUUUAAAACUUUAGCACAAGCGGUUGUUCGAACGAGAUGAGAUCCGUAGUAACUUAAUCUGAUUUUUACUACGAGAUUUUCAUUCUGAGCGAUAAUUUCUUCAAUAAAGCUUAAUCAGCGGAAUCUGCGUUAAUGGAACUUCUUUGCAAAGACGGAUAGACUACGGUAGGAUUGCCAAAAAAGGGCAGGUUUGUGAGCGAUCGAACAAUGGAACUAAUCCUUUUACUAUACUCUGAGCGUAUUUUUUUUCCUGAGGAAGAAGCUCGACGUCACACUUCCUCAAUGGUCCUAUAAAAGCGCGAGAUGGAGGAGGUCGGCUCAUUUUCGCGAUGGAAUGGAUUCUCCGUCACCACAGUAUCCAGAGCAUGCCGCUCUACAACUGCAGGUACAGUAACCGAGUGUUUCCAGCUGAAAACCAAUCUGUUUCUCAGCGGGAAAACGAGUGAGGAGUGGACCAGGCUUUAUGGUGUGCCCCGAAGCAUUUUGGGUCAUGCUGACCUACUCUACGGCAUAUUUGUCGAGGUUCCGCAGAGAUUUUUGGAGGAAGAGUUUGAAAACCUAUGAAUUCAGCUUUGCUACCUGCCUUGCAUGUGGGUGAUGUUACAGAAGGAAUGUAUCCGUCUUUCCUGCUUCAAAAUCAUGUUUUUGCUUGGCCUCGUCGACAUGUGCGCCAUCGGUCUGUACAGAACUUAAUAUUUAAAAAACCGGAAAAUUAUUCUGCAAAGCAUGGAAACAAUUUAGUUCUUACAGCGGUGAACUCAAUCGAAACCGGUAUUCUACUGAUCGAAGGCGCCGUGUACUGCUCGCAUCCCGAGAUGAUCUACAUAACCGGCUCGAUAGGCCUCGGUAACAACUCCUUCGACUGUCCUGAACUUCGAGUGACUCAGGAUUGUGGUGCUGCGCGUGCUUGGUCUGCCUCAUCCUCGUCAUCAACCGACUUUUCGACAUUUUGUACCCUACCCUGGUCAAGACUUACUUCGCUGGGUGCGUUAUCUUUUGAAACAGAGAAAGUGGCAAAGUCGAAGUUGAAAACCUUUUAUUUUGUUUUUUUUUCUAAUGACAGAGGCUCAGAAAGCAUCUAGGUUCAAAGUGAGAGGGACCGAAAUAGUAGUUGUGAGCCUUCUGCAAUGAGUCUUACCAGUGGAAGGGUUCCAGAUCUCGCACGACGUUGGUCCUUCUGGUUCCGAUCACAUACGGGAUUUAUUUCACGCUGUUCACGUCUCCACUCCUCUUCACUUCCCAGUACCAAGCCUGGUUUUUCGAUCCCUUCAUCCACGAAGGCCUGUCCAUGGAGGUUCCACCUUUUCAAGUGCUCUGAUCAAUCUUUUCAGUACCAAAAUUUUCCUCACACGGCCAACAACAUGUUCAUCGUCGUCAGCACAUGUCUGCUCUACGGAUACUUCUGCUUGGCCCUCAGAAAACAGUUCAAGAGACACUACGAAUCGACCCAUCAGCGUUCCAACAAGCAGGUUGAGGUACAUCUGCCAGUUAGUUUUUAGUUUUCUUAGUUAUCUUCCAUAUGUCAGUGUUGUCCAAAGGUCUUUUGUCUGAGUUUGUGAACUGUUUUUUUCACCUUUUUAUAAUGAAGAAAAGUAUUAGAUUCGUCGUUAUAGUCUGUUCAGAUUUUGAAUUUCAAGUCGUCGCUCAAGCUCCGCCUCUAAUGGCGCGAUAAACCAAUCAGAGAGCGAGUCAUCCACAGAGCGCUUCCGAAUGACGUCAUUAUACUUGACAUUCAAAAUCUGAGCGUGACCAAUAUUACGGAAACUAGUAAACUCUCAAAAAAGCUUCGAAACGAGAAGAAAUGUUCAUAUUUUCUACCAUUUUUCCGUUCAUUUCGAUCUAACAAGCUCGGGAUAAAUUAUUAUUGUGAAAUUAAUUGUUUGUUAAAGAACACCCUAAAAGCACAGCGUCUUGAUCGAUUUUUAGUAUAUAUUAUUCAGUUGUUUUUUAUAUUUAAUGUCGUAUGGCUUGGUUGUACAGCAUAGUUGUAGCGAUUCUGGGAUAUGUUCUUCAGAUCUUCCUCCAAUCCACGCUGAUCUGCAUGGUCAACUUCGUGGCUGCCAUGGUCUACGUCUACAUGCAAUUCUUCCCUGUCCCCGACUUUGUCAUCGUCAUCGGCCACAUCUCCUGGCAACUCGGCCAUGGUUCUAUCUUCCCGAAAUACUCUCAAAUUCCAUUAAUAUCUGCAGGAUGUCCCGCCUUAAUUUACCUGCUGAUGAACCGCACCAUCCGAACAGGAGUUUCCAAGUUCUUCAAGUUCCGGGUGAGUAUUUCUUUGUUUUAUGAGAAAACCCCAUUUUAUCCAUCCCCUUUGCAGCCUGGAAAAAGGGUGACUAUCGCGACGACGACUGCGACGGCGGCAAGCGCCCAUCAUAA